CUCCCCGUUUUACAUGCUUGUCCUGAACAAAGGCUCCUCUUCUUCUUCAUAAAUGUCAUUUAAGAUUUAAGACGCGUUCACAUGGGAUAUUUGAGGACUUGAAUGGUUUACGUGUCAGAAAUAUCCUUUUUCUGUAUGUAAAGCAGGGAUGGAGAAGUUUCUCCUCAUAACUCCGCACUCCCUGGCUCUGGUGCUGUCGCGGGUUUGCGGGGAGGCUGAGGAGGCUUCCCCAUCUUCAUCAACAACAGCUGCGGCUGCAGUAUCAACAGCUGAGGUCUGGAAAAGGUUAGAGCAUCAGUCCGGCUACGAGGUGUUCGCCAGCUUUAAGGCUGCCAACAUGCAGCAGUUCUGGAACAAGGCGCUAACCGACGCUCUGCCAGAGGUCUUCUUCCUCGGCUGGAUAGACGAGCGUGUGCUGCUGAUCCAGAGCCAGGAGGCGCAGCUUCAGGUGCUCAGGAGCGCAUGGACCAGGAGGACCCUGAAGCCACCACAGGGGUUUCAUAUCAAAUGCAUAGGUGAUGUGUCUCCGAUCAGUAUGUCACCUAUCAGUCAGUCACAGUUCAUACCGCUGGGGGAAAUAUUGUGCUUGGCCAUCUCUGCUAUGAACUCUGCCCACAAGCCUGUCAACCAGGAAGCACUGAUGGAGCACCUUACUGCCAGUUUUCCAGGCGUGCCUACACCUAGUUCAGAAGUACUUCGACACACUUUGAAUAUGCUGGUGCGAGAGAGGAAGAUAUAUCCAACCCCAGAGGGCUACUUCAUUGUAACUCCCCAGACAUACUUUAUUACUCCCUCCCUCAUCAGAACAAACAACAAGUGGUACCAUCUAGAAGAUCGGCUACCAGAGCGUCAGCAGCAACAACAGCCACAAAACUGCACUUCACCUCCGUCUGGAAACGUCACACCAUCAACACCAGGCUGCAUGAGGGAAAGGCCUCCUCGUAAGAACCACAAUGACUCAUACAAUUCCUAUCGUGAGGACCAGUCAAGAAUGCAUGGCUCUGCGCUUCAAAGUAAGUCACCCAAGGAGCACAAGGGAGAUUCCUAUCAAAACAAGCCCCCCAAGGAUCAAAAUGGUGGGGAGGCUCUUCCAAGCACUUUGGCCAAGGAACACAGGGGAGAACCACCAUCAUAUCCCCAUCCCCCGGCCCCCACUUCUCCUCCUAUACAGUCACCGCCUUCUCAAGAUCAAGCUGAUAAAAACAAAGGCAUAACUUCUUUUCCUUAUAAAGCUGACACUCUGACCAAAAAGAAAGAGGCAAGUGGUGGUGGAAGUGGUGAGAAGCAAACCAAAAGGUUUGGUCUCAAACUUUUUAGGCUAAGUUUCAAGAAAGACAAAAUGCGACAGCUGGCUACCUUCUCAGCCCAGUUCCCCCCUGAGGAGUGGCCCCUACGUGAUGAGGAUGUGCCUACUACGCCCAUUCCUCGGGAGGUGGAAAUGGAAAUAAUUCGUAGGAUUAACCCUGACCUUACAGUGGAGAAUGUUGCAAGGCACACUGCUGUAAUGAAAAGGCUAGAAGAAGAGCGUACACAGAAGAACAAGGCGGGGUCUUCUGCCCAGCAUAGUGCACGCAGUCGGAGGGGCAGGGGCCACCGGAGGGCACCUCAUGGUAAAUCUCGCUCUCACAGCAAACCAAGGACAUCAAGGGGAGACCCUUCUGAGGGUUCAAACUGGGAUCUUGUGUUUAUGGAAAGAGAUUACCGCUUCUUUAGCCACUCAUUGGUACGCUCACCUCGGGAAGCUAUGUACACUUUGGAACGCAGGCGGAGUGGAGGUGCGACCUACCUAGUUCAUAGUAACCCCAAUAUUACUGAAUCGUACUGCCCAGUUACACCAGAGUGGGACGUGUCUGGGGAGCUGGCCAAGAGGCGAACUGAGAUGCCCUUUCCUGAGCCUUCACGUGGUACUUGUCAAUCCAGAGUGCAAAGAAGUCACAGCCACAAUCAGGACAGGAAGUCUCGACAUGAGAGGUCAGAUCAAGCUAAAGAACGAUCUCGGUCAAUGGACAAUUCUCUCAAGGGUCCGUCACUAGGAGCGCAAGAAGACUUUGAACCGAGUCUGGAGGAGCGUAGUCAUUACUACACUGAUGAUGGGACCCUAAGGGCCACACAGAAGUCCUCCCACUACUCAAGGAUCAUGUUCUCUGCUGCUAAGUUCCACUCCGACUUUAAUGUGCCUGAUUUGGGGAAAGGAAGUCUGGAUGAGUCGAGGAUCCGGAGUACAAUGGAGAGGAACAAAAGCAGAGACAGCUUGCCGACGUACAAUGAGCUAAUGGGACUUUCUCCUAAGCCCUCUACGGAUGAGUACUUCCAGUGCAAUACAUCAAAUGAAACAAUCCUUACUGCCCCUUCGCCUCAGGCAAAAUCAGAAUAUGACACAUUAACCUCAUCAGGGGGACUCCGAAAGGGCUCUCCAGCUGACCGGCAAACUCCUCACCUUACCUCUCCUCAUACAAUGGAGUACAAAGAGGAAAUGUCGACAGCAAAGGGACAGAGCGGUGCAGUGCGACUGACGCCAAGCCAGACGCCAGAACCAGCACAAAAUGCCCGUUUGACACCACACCAACACAAUGUAGACCCUGGAGGGGGAGGAGGCAGUUUGGUGAUCAAGAGAAAGGAGAUUUUCAGCAAGGACACUUUGUUCAAACCUCCACAUAAUGCCUUGUCCACUGGCUAUGUGGACAGCAGCUACACCAAGUCUGGCACAUUGCGGAAAGCCUCACAUGCCAAAUCAACAGAGGCCCUAGACAAUCCUGAGCCCCAGCAGCCUUCCAAUUCAGCCACUUCCUCAGCGUCACCUGCAGUUUUACAGAGCUGCUUAGAGCCAACAGUCACCUCUGCCUCAUUUGACUAUUAUAACGUAUCAGAUGAUGAGGAGGAGGAAGAGGCAGAGGAGGACUCGCACAAAGAGUUGGCCACAGCAGAGGACAGCAAAGACCAUGUGGAAGGAGGCGGAAAUGGUGGAGGCAGCAGCGGAGGUGGUGGAGAAGGAACCAUGCAGUGGCUGCUGGAACGGGAGAAAGAGCAUGAUUUGCAGCGGAAACUUGAGACCAAUCUGACCCUGUUAAGUCCCAAGGAGACCGAGAACAGCAACAGCCAGAAGUCUGCCCACUCUGCUCGAUUGGACAGCAUGGACAGCAGCAGUGUUACAGUAGACAGUGGUUUCAACUCACCCAGGACCCGUGAAAGCCUUGCAUCCAACACAUCCAGCAUCGUGGAAAGCAAUAGACGGCAGAAUCCGGCGCUGAGCCCAGGACACAUUGGCACGAGCAGUAUUGGACUGCCAUUCAGCUUUCGCGCCAUCCCCGAACCCUCCACCACGCAGCCUGAGAAACUGCAGAAGUCAUCGAACUGCCUGGCCUCCAUCACCAGCGUCUGACAGACAGCAAAGACUGUGACAGCAAAGGUGGUGGAGCUAAAGUGAGGUGUUUUCACCAUCUUUUUUUCUUUUUUUUUUUUAACCCUUGCGUUCCUCAACCAGUACACACAUAAACACUCACACAUCUUCAGACUCCUGGGGAUCCAUUUACUGGGACUGUUACAAAAACAGGCAUGGCUUCAAGAGACUGUUCCUACAGCAUCAAGAACUUAACUGCAAAAAAAAAAAAAGAAGAACAGAAUAUCAAAGCUGCGACAGAUGCAGAAACCGACCUAAAGUACGUCGAUUUGGGUGACAUGGACUCUAGUUUGGCUUAUAUCAAGAUUCUUGAAUAUUGGUAUUGGAAAGUAGUAGACUAUAGGAUUCAAGUUACAUUUGGAAAUAUCAAAAAAGCUUUUUAUAUUGCUUAACAAUACAUGUCCGAUUAAAUGUUCUCCUUCCUGAAAUAGCGUUGAGUUCUCCGGGACAGUUUAAUGUAUCAGCACAAUGUCGAGAUAAUAAAAGUUGAUCCUGAGAACAGCGAAUGAAAGAUAUAAAAACAUGAAUCAGCUCAGAUUUGUGUACCGCAAUGCAAAUUAUGUAUGUAUACUCGAUACUUUUGAUAUCCUAAUUAUUAUAAUGGUGGUAUUAAAGAUGCUAUGUGACCAAAAGUAUGUUUGGAU